AUGAAACAAGAAGAAAAUUCGGAAGCCUGGUCAAAAUAUAAAAUAAUUUUAGGAGGUUUUUUAAUACAUUGCACAUUAGGUAGUAUUUACUGCUUCUCAAACAUAAGUGUGUAUGUUAUAUCAUAUAUGAAGAUAAUAGGAUGUUCUAAUGUUACGUAUAAAGAUAGUAGUUGGAUAUAUGUAUUAACACUAAUAUUUCAGUGCUUCUUUGGUUUUUUUGGGGGAAUUUUAAAUCAAAAUUUGGGUCCUCAAAUAAGUGUCUUAUUAGGAGGAUGGUUGAUGUGCCUAGGAAUUUUACUAUCCUAUUUUACUGUAUUCAAUUUCUAUCUAUUUUUAAUGACUUAUGGAAUAUUGUGCGGGAUAGGCUGCGGGAUAGCAUACCCUAUCCCCCUUUCUGUGGCUGUUAAGAAGCACUACGACCACAAGGGAGUGAUAAGCGGGAUAAUUUUCCUGGGACGAGGAUUGGCGGUUUUUAUAAUAUGCCCCAUGCAAAACUAUUUUAUAAAUAAAUAUAAUUAUAUGCCUGAUUAUAGCCCAGAAUUCGAGAGUACAGAGGAGAAAUAUUUUAGUAAUCUGGACAUUUUAAAUAAAGUACCAUAUUUAUUUAUAUAUGAGGGUAUAUUUUUUGCCAUAAUUCAAUUCAUUGGUGCAUGUUUAAUUUCAGAUACAAAUGAUUCUUCAAAAGAAUUUAUGGCAUAUAAUGAUAAAAGUAGUAAAUUAUUAUAUUGUGAAAAUAAAAGUUUUACUUAUAAAAAUAAUGGGAUAACUAAUUCAUUUAGGACAUUAUCAAAUACAUCGAAUUUUUCAUUUCGAGAAUCGAAUAGUACAUUUAUUAAUCGUGAUUUUAUUUUAAUAUGGUUAAUGGUUUUUUUUAAUUGGCAAGCUAUUUCUUAUACUCAAAUAUUUUGGAAAAUAUUUGGUUUAAAUUAUUUAUAUAUAGAUGAUAGAUCUUUAUCUCUAAUGGGUGCUGUUUCAUCUCUUUUUAACAUCUUUGGAAGACUUUUUUGGGGGUUUAUAAGUGAUUUAACAAGUUUUAAAACUGCAUUAAUAUUAAUGAGUAUGUUAAUGAGUUUCUUAACAGUUACCUUAACAUUGUCAGGUAUUUAUGGAAGAAUUACUUACUCAGUUUGGGUUUGCCUUAUUUUUUUUUGUCAUGCAGGAACAUUUUCCAUUUUUCCAUCUAUAACUGCACACACAUUUGGAACGAAAAAUUUUGGCCCCAUAUUUGGUCUACUUUUUACAGCUAGGGCUUUCUCGAGUAUCAUUAACGCAAUGAUUUCCGCAGUCAUUCUAAACAGCGUCGGAAAUAUUGCCAUGUGUGCAAUUGUUUCCCUUUCCUCCUUUGUCAGCAUUAUGCUCGCGCUGGCCUUCUAA